AUCUUUCUUGUUUUGUGCAUUGAUGCAUGAGCUUAAGCACCACAGCAGCUUUCGUUUGUUUGGGGGGGGUAACCCGAUUCCCAAGGAAACUGUUGCCACUGCAAAACACUCAGCGAAUGCGCAAGCAUGUCAUGGUUUAAUCUUUAACGUGGAGCACUAUAGUAAUUUGGAUUUGUGUUAUGAUUGAAUGCUAAUAGGGCUGAAAUUUUAAGAAGAAAAAUUUAAUUUUGGAACGCUACAUUUCCACACAAAGACGAUACUUCUCCAGUGGACGAACAGAAGAAUCAGCUCGGACACCAAAAUGAAACUACGUAAGAAAACAUUUCCAUUUGUCAUCUACAAUCUUUUUUUUUUUAGUAAUGAAGAUGUUUAAUAUUGCUGUGAUUCUGUUUAAUUCAAUCUACAUUACCACAGCAGCCAUCUCUAUAGCUUCCACACCAGUGUUCAUUCCUCAUGACAAACCUCCCGUCCGGCAGAGAAGCUGCCGAGGGGUUACCCCCAUGACAUUUCCCAUCAUCUCGGACUCUGCCCGACUGUGGACAAGCAACAAGAUUAUUCCAAGACUCAACCCUUUACUUCCACCUUUGGUCCUCAAACGCACCGUCUGUCUGGAGACACCAGCUGUUCACCACCACAACCACCAGAGGGCACUGAUCAUGCAGAGGAGAGAGUACUUCAGGUUUCACCAAGUGUGGCGAAAACCCUUUUAUGGAAGCAGCAGUGAAAGAGAAGAAUACAGGAAGGAGCUGCGAGAGCAGUUGAAGAGGCAGAUGGAGGAGAAAUGUGUAGCACUGAAACUGCAGCUGGCCAGUCGAGUGAAGGAGGCAGAGUGUGUGUGUGAAGUGGACCGCCUCGCCCUGUCCAGUGACCGAGAGCAGAGGAUCCAGCACAGCAAAGUGAUGACGGCGUACAGAGAUGAGAACAAGAGGCUAAUGGAGCAGAGCUGGAGGGACAGAGCACUCACACGCUCCCAGGAGGUCCUGAAGGAGAGAGAGCUGCUGCGCCUCAACCCCAUUAACUGGAGUGGAACGCUGAAAUAGGUUGAACUUCAACAUCCCGAGUAAAAAAGAAUCCCCUAAACCAGGCUUUGCUGUAGCACUUGGGCAGGCCUAAGUGUCAGAUGUAAGUGACGGAACUCAAGAGGAACAUUAUUAAUGUUCUGAAUAUAUUCAGAUGCUGAUGUAUUACUAAUCGUACUUUAUAAGAGUACAGUGAAAUCAAAACUUUAAAGAGCUGCACCAAUUUAGAAUCGCAUGUUCAAUUUUAAAAAAAAGGAUCAAAAUAGAUGCAGCAGAAGCAGAUAUAUAUUUUUUUAAUAUAUGGGUUCUUCCUCAUCAAAAUCUGAUGCUUACAUUACCCACAAUGCAACUCGACCACCAACAGUUCUAGGUGUGUCAGGAUAGCAGCUAAGAGACGAGGAGCACAACUCCACAACUCCUCUCGUUUUCAGACCCAAAUUGCUUCUUUCUUUUUUUUUUAAAUAUCAGAUUUCACUCACCUCCCUCUGGAUCCACAUCCCACUUUGUACAACAACAACCUUUGAUGUGUAAAAUCUGUGACGUUCCAGUGUAAGGUUUCUGCAUUUAAUUUAUGAUGUAACAUGUAAUUGAAAAAACAUUUCCACAAGCUAAAUUUUUUUCUCAUUCUGUUUAUGUAAAGAGCAGAUGAAGCUUCACUAAAAGGAAAAUCAAUAAAUAAACAUGAGGAGUGACA